AGCGAUGUGUCAAGUUUGACGUUGACAGAAGCCACUCUCAUAAUAACAACUCUCUCUCUCUCUCAUUUCGCCGAUUUUCAAACUGCGUGACAUUUUUUUUGUUUGCCCAAACUUAUAUUUAUUAUUCUAUUUAAUAGAAAAAGAAGAAGAUUGACUUCAUCGUUUUUUUUUUCGAUGAUAAGAAAAAAAAUCCGCAAAAGUGCUAAAAUUAGAAGGAAUGUCACCUUGUGAACGCAGUUAAAGACAAAGAGUAAACCAGACAACUGGCCAAAGAUACAAAUUGUAAUCAAACAAUAAUAACCGAAGAGAAAAGCCACAAAGCUGCAUUUGAGAAAUUAGAUAAAACCAAUUUCGAUUGCUGCAAAUAAAACCAAUGUUUUGAACGAAUGCUUCAUUAGUCGCAUGAAGUUAGGUAAUGAUCGUUCUAUCUCCAUUCGCUGCCCGUAGUAGAGUCUUGCAUUUAAUAUCAAUUCCCAAAUUUCGACCGACAUUGCGAUCGUUCAGUGCAAAAAUGUCAAGUGAUUUGUAUAUAACACGAGCCCGUCAGUGUGUGCCGCUGCUCAGCAAUGAAUUGCACAAAGGGCAAGCGGGUCGAGUUGGUGUUAUUGGCGGUUCGUUUGAAUACACUGGAGCGCCAUUUUUCGCGGCAAUGAGUGCAUUGAAAUUCGGAGCCGAUGUUGUGCACUUGUUCUGUAUUCGCGAUGCGGCUAUUCCAAUUAAAUCGUACAGUCCCGAGAUAAUGGUGCAUCCGGUGUUGGACGAUCCAAGUGAUCCGAUCAAAUUGAUUACGCCAUGGUUGGAUCGGCUGCAUGUGGUUGUGAUUGGGCCUGGUUUAGGCCGUGAUCCAGCUGUAUUUGCCACUAUUCGACGACUCUUGGCGGUGUGUCGUGAGAUGGGAAAACCACUUGUCAUCGAUGCCGACGCAUUAUUCCUGGUCUCACAAGAUUUAUCGCUCAUUGCCAAUUACCCCGGGGCUAUCAUUACACCAAAUAUCGUGGAGUUUAGCCGCAUUUUCGGCGAUGGUGAUGAUCACACGGAGAAAUUCGACCAAAUUGGAGCUUCGGUUACAAUUCUCAAGAAAGGUUUCAGCGAUACGAUUUACAGUGGAGUGAAUAAAGUUGGCGAUUUGGUCACGGUUCAGGGUGGCAAAGGACGGCGAUGUGGCGGUCAAGGUGACAUAUUAGCCGGGUGUACAGCCGUUCUUUAUGCUUGGGCUUUGAAAGCAGAAGAAACCGAACCAGCCAAAGUUGCUUGCGUUGGAGCUAGCCAUUUUGUGAAAGUAUUGAAUGAAACGACGUUUGCAGCGAAGGGACGCAGCAUGACUCCCACCGAUAUGAUCGAACACAUUCAUGACGUUUUUGAUACACAUUUUGAACGCAAGUGAAGGGAGAGGGCGAUUUGAAACGGAUAUUUGGAGAAAAUGUACGGGCUAUGGGAACUUUGAUGGAAAUAGGAGAUUGAUUGAGCCAAUAUUGAUUAUUUUUUGCAUCAUUCUUUGUUAUGAAUAUACAUUUUGAUUUGAAAAAUAAAAUUUUGAAAGCCUUAACUAA